AUGGGUAUCUCAUCAACCCGUGUUACUGGAAUAUUUCUCUUAAUUGUUCUUUUUAGUGGCAUUAUGGUUUCUGCUGACGUGUUAGGGCAGCGCAUGCUCGGCGCAGGCGGCUCAGGAGGGGGCGGUGGUGGAGGCUUAUUUGGCGGGGGAAUGGGUAAUGGUGGAAAUCUUGGAUCAGCAAGUUUUGCCACUGGACUUGGCGGCAGUUUGCUUGGUGGUGAAGCUCGUAUUGUUGGAGUAGUUCUCUUAAUUGUUCUUUUUAGUGGCAUUAUGGUUUCUGCCGACGUGUUAGGCCGGCGCAUGCUCGGAGCAGUCGGUGGUGGCGGUUUAUUUGGCGGAGGAAUGGGUACAGGUGGAAGUCUUGGUGAGGCAAGUGGUGGCAUGGGAAUUGGAUGA